GCUGUGCUGGGCCGGGAGGGAGCCCGACAGCCCCCGUGCCAUCUGAGGCAGAGGGGUGCUCGUGGGGCUUUGCUCUGAGCCCACGUAGGAAAACCGAGCGUCAAGCUGAAAUCCAGGGCCUCUUGCAGAGCUCUUGCAUCCCAGAGCUGCUUUUCUUUGCUCUGUUGUAUCUUGCCAGGGACCAUUAAGCAAAGCUCUUUUGGAUCGCAGGGCUGAAAGAAACUGAGGAUGUUGGGCAGAUCUCUUCCCUCCUACCCCGCAGGACGGCCAUACUGAAAGUCAUCUUUCUCCUACUGCUGUGCAUGAAAAUAAAGGAGAUGAAAAAGAUAGGGGGCCUGGCUUGCUAUAUUGUGGACCGACUUGGUAUAAAGCAUAGACAUGGCCUUGUGUGCUUUGCAGGAAAGAACAUAACCAGUGCCACUGUCUGGGAAUAGCCAUGGAAGUAAGGCACGUGCCCUACAUGAUGGAAGUAAUUAGCUAAUGCAAUGAGCUUCUGGAAGAGGCAGUAGCAUCCCAAAUACUCAAAGGCCAUCCAGCCUGCCCCGCAGUUCCCCUACAUGCAGCCUAGGAGCAGAGGUUCCUGCGCUGCGGGGGAAGCAGCUUGUUUGCUCGGACUCAGGCUCUGAGUUGAAGGCUCUCGCACCUUUCCCUAGCAGGAUGUUCUGUAGGGAUAGAGCCUGGCCAGAACCCAUCAGAUAAGCUAGGAGAAGAGUCUGUGACCAAAUGCCACCCCUUCCUUUGGCCAUCUGUGGUGAAGAGAUAGGAUAAGAAUAGGGAUGGGGAAGCCCAGCAACUCCCUGAUGGUCCUACCUGUUCCUCUGUGCAGAAUGGUUCCCCCACCACCCGUCAGCAAGCCCCACGUGUGCCUCUCAACUGUACUCAUCAUGAGCAGCCUCAUCCUCAUGGAUGCCUACCUGGUGGAGCAGAGCCAGGGCUCCAGGAAGCUGGGCAUCUGCGUCAUGGUGGCAGUGGGCGACAUGUGCUUCUUGCUGGUGCUCCGCUAUGUGGCCAUCUGGGUUGGGGCAGAGGUAAAGACGGCCAAGCGAGGUUAUGCCAUGAUCCUCUGGUUCCUCUAUGUCUUCGUUCUGGAGAUCAAGGUUUACUUUGUCUACCAGAACUAUAAAGCUGAUCGGAAGAGCCUGGACCUCAUGGCUCGCAAAGCGCUGACCUUGCUGCUCUCCAUCUGCAUCCCAGCCCUCUACGUGCUGCUGGUGGCCACAGAGCACAUGGAGUACGUCAGGACGUUCAAGAAGAAAGAAGAUCUUCGCAACCGCCUUUUCUGGGUCAUCGUGGACAUGCUGGAUGUGCUGGACAUUCAGGCCAACCUGUGGGAGCCCCAGAAGAAAGGGCUGCCACUCUGGGCCGAGGGCAUCAUGUUCUUCUACUGCUACAUCUUGCUCCUGGUCCUCCCUUGCGUCUCCCUGUGCGAGAUCAGCAUGCAGGGGAUCGGCAUUAUGCCGCACCGCAUGAUGCUGUACCCCAUGCUGAGCAUGCUCACCGUCAACAUCACCACCAUCUUCAUCCGAGGCAGCAACAUGCUCUUCUUCAGGGACUCCCGGGUCUCCAGCAUCUUCAUGGGCAAGAACAUGCUGGCCAUCGGGUUGAAGGUCUGCAUGUUUGUGCAGUACCAGCGGCACAGGCACCACGCGCCUCCAGGGCCAGGCUCUGCCCCGCAGCACAGCUGCCAGCCCCAGCCCUCCCCAGGGCUGCAGAAGUCUCGGGACCAGCCUGCCUGCCCUGAGGAACUGGCACAGGACAAUACAUGACACGCCAGUGGCAACCACAGCCUGGGCACCGCCACGCUUGGCCAUCCCCACAAGACACCAGGAGGGUCGCUGAGCCUCCUGCCUCUGGACAGCAGGGAGUGACCCUGUCUCCUCCCUCCUUGGGCAAGGCUGCUCCAUUCCCCAGGGGCAACGCUGCAAUGGGGCAUCCGAGCAGUGCAGGACCACAGCCCUCCAGCUCAAGACAGGGGCUGAGCAGAGAUGUCACCUGCUCCACCUCAGUGUCUUGCCCCAGCCAGGUGCCCCUCCUGGUGGGAGCGAGGAUCUGGCUCCCCCCACCUCUUGUCCCUCUCAGACAGCCGCAGGCUCGGUGGGGGCUCGAAGAGGGUAACUGACCUUUUUCGUAUCUCCCUCUUUGCAAUAAAAGGCCUGAGCUCUC